AUGAUUAAUGAAGGAGUGGAUGCUAUUGGAUGUUUUGUAUGCUCUUCAUUUAAUGGAUCUAAUCCUCUUUGUGAAGAUGCGUUUAAUUCAUCAAUAAAUUCACUAAAACAAAAAGGUUCUCAACGUGGUGGUUAUGGCUUAGGUUUAGCUAAUUAUCAAUAUCCUUGUUGGGCAUUUAAAAAACAACGGAAAGGUUUAUUUCCUGCCGAUCAUUGUAUUAAAGUUAGCGGCUAUCGAAAAAUAGUUCGUAUCUCUCAUUGUGGUCACUUUAAAUACGAUGGUUAUCAGUAUAGAGGAUGUGUGCAAUCGUGUGAUACUGAUGGCUGUAACUCCAGUAAUUCUAUUUUUAUCAAUUAUCUCCUCUCUUUAUAUAUUCUCUUUAUUUUUAUCAACAGGUUGACCUCACUAUAG